AUGCCUCGAAAACUCGACACGACGUCCGACACGAUAAAGGUUCCGGGCGGCUACAUGGCCAAACGUUACGGCGGCAAGGCCACCCUGGGGCUGUGUUUCCUCUUCUGGUUCCCCCUGUCCGCGGCGCUGGCCUCCAGCAUCAGGUCCGGCUACGCGGCGCCGGUCGUCGUCGGGUGCCGCCUGGGUAUCGGCCUCGCCCAGGGCAUGUUCCUUCCGGCGGCGCAAUCGGUUCUCGGGCACUGGAUCCCCGCCCGCCGCCGGGGGCGACACUUCGCCUUCGCGAUGUCGGGCAUGUUCGCGGGGGCGGCGAUCGCCAUGGUGACGGUGCCACCCAUAGGUGCGACGUGCAUCGUCGGCGAUAACAUGGCCGACAGGGGGAGGGCAAAGGCGUCCACUUACAUCGCAACGAAGGACGACGCAUUUUCUCUCUUGUGCUCGCCGGUAGGACUUUCAGUAUCGCGGUUGGGCGCACACACCGCCUUCUACGUAGCGGCCGUCAUGGGCGCGGCGUGGCUGGCCGUGUGGGUCUGCUUAGGCUCGGAUACUCCUCACACGCGAAGAGAGGGGGAAAAAUUCAACACGAAGGCGUUGCGUCCGCGCGAGGGUGUAGGGGUAACGGCGGGAGAAGAGCCCGACGUCGACGGCGCGACGAGGGCGGGAUCGGAAGACGGAAAGCCGAGACCGGAGGCGGGAGACGGGAGUUGUUGGGUGGCAGCGGGGCUAGGGAAAGGAGGCCCCGGGGCUUGGUCGUUUCAAAACCCGGCGGCAGGCUCGCCCUCGGUGUGCCGAGACCCUGCGCUGCUGCGGAGCAGCAACCACGACUCAGGAUGUUCCGCACAAAGAGCGGGUGGCGGCAGGGGCGUGUGUCUUGAUUGCGUUGAACGCGCGCCGACGGACGCCGACGCCGCCGCCGGUCGCGUUGUUGAUCCCGAGGCGAUUCCGCCCGGCGGCGGUGGCCACACGCCUGUUGGAGACGUCUGCGGGGGGGCAGGUCCUGCUUGCGGCCACAAGUCCACGGUAGUCUGUGGCCUCCUCGUUGCUAAGAGCGCCACCUCCUCGUUGGACGAAUCGAAGAAGGCGCCAGUUGUGUGCGAUGGGUGGACGGAAGGCGCCCUCUCCGCCGCCGCCGCCGCCGCCGCCACAAGCACGGAUAGCGACACUCGGGCGGCGAUCGGAGGCGGUGAUGGUGGUGGUAGCAGCGACGACGGUGGCAACAGCCGCGCGGCAAGUCUUGCAGCAGUGGAAGACGUUUGCAAGCCCUCCAGCAGCGGGAGGGGAGGCCGGGCGGCAGCGAAGACAAUCGUCAUGAAGGGCUUCGAACGAAAUGCGGCCCCUUUUCCGUGGAGAGCGAUGGCCGCUUGCCCUGCGGCGUGGGCGUUCGUGGCCGGCAACGUGGGCGCGGGGAUGGGCAUCAACGUGGUGAUGAGCUGGCUGCCGACGUACUACGAGGAGUUCAUGCUGGUCGAUCUUGAAGACAUCCACAUUGCUGAGCUGCUCUCGCCCUACCUGACCAUGAUGGCGUUCUCCGUCCUGGGCGGCGUCUCCUACUCGUGGCUCGUCAACGGUCGCGGCCUCCCGAGGGCGCGGUCCUCCAAGCUCGUCGCCGGGGCCGCCUUUUCCCUCUCCGUCGCCGUCUUACCCUGCAUGGGCCUGCCCCGAAGCUGCGCCGCCGCGACCGUGGUGUCCUCGCUGGCGCUGGCGAGCGCCGCCCUCUCGAGGGGGGGCUGGUCGACCAACCACAUGGAGAUCGCCGCCCCGCAGCACGCGGCGAUGCUCUACUCGGUGGCCAACUCCAUCAGCGCGGCCGCGAGCGUGCUCGGCAUCUCCCUGACGGGGAAGCUGCUGGACACGUUCGGCGGGGGCGGGGAACCGGAGGCGUGGACCGCGGCGAUGGGCACGAUAGGCGCCCUGUGCGGCGCGUGCGGCGUCCUGUUCGUCCUCUUCGCCAGAGGGGAUGAAGUCCUUUUUCCCGCCACCGCCGGCGAUGCGGAUCUCGCGGAUGUACAAGAAGGACGCCAAAAGCGGGAGGGGGCGGGAGCGGGCGAGUGGGGGUGGGGGUGGCGGUGCCGUAGGAAGGAGGACGCAAUGCCGAGCGAGUGGCCGCGACCCUUGGGCUGGAGCAGCGAGAACUCGGCGUAAAAAGAGAGGGGGUUCGUUUUGUUUUCUGCAACGGCACGGCGCAGACCUUGGUUGUUUUUGGGUGUGUCCGUGUGGAGAGACUGUGUAGUGUUUUUUUUUACUGGUAGGUGUGGUGAAGGUUCUGUUCAUGGAGGGCCGUCGUUUUGAUGUCGCUUGUUGGGUGUGUUUGUGUGGAGAGACCACAGUGGUUUCUUUCUGGUCAGUGUGGUGAAGGUUCUGUUCAUGGAGGGCCGUCGUUUUGAUUUCGCUUGUGGGUUGGAGGUAGAGGAGAGGGUGGAAGAAGAAGGGAUAGUCGCUCACUCUGGGCAACAACAGCGGGACUACACGCGGCGCGGGUU